AUGCCCAGUCAUGUGAAGUCUAUAGAUCAGGCUGGUCCUGGCUUCCCAGUGGGUGGGCCUAUGCCCAGUCAUGUGAAGUCUAUAGAUCAGGCUGGUCCUGGCUUCCCAGUGGGUGGGCCUAUGCCCAGUCAUGUGAAGUCUAUAGAUCAGGCUGUGCCUGCGUCCCCAGUGGGUGGGCCUAUGCCCAGUCAUGUGAAGUCUAUAGAUCAGGCUGGUCCUGGCUUCCCAGUGGGUGGGCCUAUGCCCAGUCAUGUGAAGUCUAUAGAUCAGGCUGGUUCUGGCUUCCCAGUGGGUGGGCCUAUGCCCAGUCAUGUGAAGUCUAUAGAUCAGGCUGUGCCUGCGUCCCCAGUGGGUGGGCCUAUGCCCAGUCAUGUGAAGUCUAUAGAUCAGGCUGGUCCUGGCUUCCCAGUGGGUGGGCCUAUGCCCAGUCAUGUGAAGUCUAUAGAUCAGGCUGGUCCUGGCUUCCCAGUGGGUGGGCCUAUGCCCAGUCAUGUGAAGUCUAUAGAUCAGGCUGGUCCUGGCUUCCCAGUGGGUGGGCCUAUGCCCAGUCAUGUGAAGUCUAUAGAUCAGGCUGGUCCUGGCUUCCCAGUGGGUGGGCCUAUGCCCAGUCAUGUGAAGUCUAUAGAUCAGGCUGGUCCUGGCUUCCCAGUGGGUGGGCCUAUGCCCAGUCAUGUGAAGUCUAUAGAUCAGGCUGGUCCUGGCUUCCCAGUGGGUGGGCCUAUGCCCAGUCAUGUGAAGUCUAUAGAUCAGGCUGGUCCUGGCUUCCCAGUGGGUGGGCCUAUGCCCAGUCAUGUGAAGUCUAUAGAUCAGGCUGGUCCUGGCUUCCCAGUGGGUGGGCCUAUGCCCAGUCAUGUGAAGUCUAUAGAUCAGGCUGGUCCUGGCUUCCCAGUGGGUGGGCCUAUGCCCAGUCAUGUGAAGUCUAUAGAUCAGGCUGGUCCUGGCUUCCCAGUGGGUGGGCCUAUGCCCAGUCAUGUGAAGUCUAUAGAUCAGGCUGGUCCUGGCUUCCCAGUGGGUGGGCCUAUGCACCCCUGCCUAGUCAUGUGA